CUGUGCUACGGGUCGCUACGGGUAGUAUGCACAUCGUGGGCUCACAUGAUGCUAUCGAUCAAAAAAAAGGCCUCUCUCGUCCUCUGAGGCGGUCCGUCUAGGCAUGUGCAUUGGGGACGCUGGGGGGCUCUCUCAGUCUGCGGGACGAGUUCACUUCAUGCAGGUCCGACACGGCACAGAUAGGCAGACACACUCCACCACACAGUCAUUGAGAGAGAGGCACGGCAGGCGAGUGAGUCAGCCAGGCAGCCACACACAGUCACACAUCGGCCGAACCGUCACAUCAACAUCGGCCAGCAGCGGAGGGCGCGAAGCGCCCACACCCACACCCACAGGCAGCCAGCCAUGAGGAUGGGCAGAGAUCUAUGCACACAUACACAGACAUACAGAUGGAGGGAGGAAGGGCUACAUAUAGAAAGAGAGACGGACACAGAGAAGAGCGACGGACGGGCAAAAACGACCCCACAGACCGAUUCACGCAUGUCAUGGAACUCAGCCAUCCGGUCACAUAUCAGCAGCUGGUCUGUCUGUCGACAGAGUGAGGGGUAGCGUCGUCUUGCACACACACAGAUCGGCGACAGAGAUGACGACAGCCGGCAUGUGAGAGAUACCCUCCUGAUGAUACACGCACACCAGUAAGGACAGCAUCCAGUCACAUGACAAGGAUGUGAAUCGCUGCGUGCCCACCAGUUUUGACUGAUCGAUGGAUCGAUCAGUCAGUCGCCGCUCUCCGCCUCAGCUGCGCCACCGUCACCUGUCAAGUCCAAAGGACACACACACAAAUGAAAGUCAUGGAGGCCAAUGUGAGCGGCUCUGUGUAGUGGUGCCUUCCAGCCUGUGUACCUCCGCUGCCCUCAUCACCGCUGCCGUCAUCCACAUCGUCAAUCUCAUCACCAUCACUGUCGGAAUCUGCAGACACCACACACACAGAAGGCACGUCUUCCAUCCAUCCAUCCAUCCAUGUGUCUGACUGUGCCCUUACCGCUAUCGUCAUGCUGCUGCUGCUGCUGUUGCUGUUGCACUUGUCCGUCGAAUACGAAUGGCCCCACCGCCCCCAACGCCACGCGAGCCAGCUGAGUGGUCACCGGGAAGCGGUGCUUGAAGGGACCACUCCCAUACACAGCCGCCUCAGUGGUGUAGACAAUCACACGCACUGCACACAAGGGGCAGAAGACCACGCGACGUAUGACCAGCAGAGCUAGCCUCUCUGUCUCCCUUACCGUCGUUUCCUGUAUCCGCGAUGUCAAUCCAUGCGACGAAGGAGUGCCUGCUGUCGGUCAGCACCAGCAACCGCUCAUCACCGUCCAGCCCGAGUGUCGUGGUGCAGCCGGCCACAGGUGUGUGGGGCGACUCGAUCAGCAGGCCAUCCAGACGGCCGCCACCGACAUACCUGAACCAACCCCAGCCACACACACAGCCAAAGGUGCUCUCUCUUGCCUUCAGUGCCACUGAUGCUGUCACCUGUUGAGGUCUAUCCGUAUCUCGUUGAUCUGGUUAGUCUCUUCGAAGUGGAUGAGGACCAUGAACGUGGCCAACGACGAAACUGACGCAUGGGUGAACACCAAGCCCUGAACGGCCGACACCCACCCGCCGUCGGGCGAGUAGAUGAUGCUCUCACGCACUGGUGGGUCCUGUGGCUGCCGGUGCUGCCGAUACAGGUGGCCGGCGGCGAGGGGCGGGUCGACCUCUAGCCGGAAGUCGGGCUCGUCAGUGAUGGCCCGCACCUCACCGAUGCCGUGUUGGAACAGCUGCAGGGAGCUGUCGUCACCGAAGUGGACGUGGCGGCCGAUCAUCUUGAGCUGCGACAACACACGGGGAGCCGACAUAUACGC